AUGCACCACAACAGUCGCUUCGGCGUGACCACCUCGGAAGGCUACACGGUGUCCGUCUCAGCCAGCGGCGCGGCGGCCGCGGCCGAAGACUGGAAGCGCCGUGACGCGCCCAAGCACGCGCCAUACUUGCUGGAACCUGUCUCGCCGCCGGACAACCACCACGCUAACAGAAACAACAACAGCAGCAACCGGCGUUACAGCGGCGUUAGCGGCGUCAGCGGCGUCGGCGGCGUCGGCGGCGGCGUCAACGUCGGCGGCGGCGUGCUCACCGCCUUCGACUACGUCACCAACCGCAUAGUAGAAGUCAUGAGGAGUGACGCUGAUGAGAGAGCGAAACCGCUAGCGUUCCCGCCUACCGCCUACGCGUAUCCGUAUUCCGCCCUAAACGUGGCCACGCCCGCCCAACCGCCAGCUAUGCCCGCGCCGCAUACGGAAGCGCCAGGCAGCAGCAGUAGCAGCGCCGUGGCGCCGGAGCCGGCGCCGCUGAUGUCUGCGCAGUACGAGCCGCUGUCCGACGAGGACUGACGAGCCGCCCCCGCGCCGCCUCCGCAGGGCCGCCGGUAACCCCGCGGCUGGGGACAUCGCGACUGGGAAGGGACCGCGUCUAGGAAGUACGCCCCUAGGAAGUACGCCCCUAGGAAGUGGGAUGCACUUAGCGAGUGUACCGUCCUUGGGAAGUGGGACGUCGCUAGGAACUAGCCAGAAGACCGGCCCUAGCCAUGGGGAAUGGGACGCCCCUAGAAAGUACGCCUCUAAAAAGUGAACCGCUAGCCAGAAGACCGGCCCUAGCGAGUGUAAUGCUAGGAAGUACGCCCCUAGGAAGUACGCCCCUAAGAAGUGGGAUGCACUUAGCGA